GUCCGCAUACGAACUUCUUCUAAUGUUACUUCGUUGCUUCCUUCUACUUAGUAAUUCGUUAGAUAUUUAGUAAUCUCGAAAUGUUAUUCACUGGUUUACGCGCGAUUUAACUUAUACAAGGCUAGAAAUAUGAUAUUAGGAGAACUGUAGUUAUUAACGUUGGUCCUGCAUGCUGUGCACUGCAUCAUCGUCCUGCCCAAAACAUUGCACUGUAUUUUUUCUUAAGUUUGCCAAAAAAAUAUUAUAUAUACAAUAAAUUAACUAAGGAAUGGCUGCCUACAUCAAUCGUACAAUGUCCAUGAUUGGAGGAGACAGCCACAUAAGAACGACAGAUAUACGAACUGAUAAUUCUCCCCUUCAGAUUUUUGUUAAGGCCAAGAAAAAGAUCAAUGACAUAUUCGUGGAGAUAGACGAUUAUGUGCAGGACACUGUGGGGUUUAUGAAAUCGUUGCAAAGCGAUCGUAAUAUCGUUACCAAAGAAGAAGCAGAGAGAAUUGCGAGCUAUGUCGACAAAGUCCAUGCAAUCAGAGAUGUACUUAAAAGGGAUCACAUGAAGGUUGCAUUUUUCGGGAGGACUAGCAAUGGGAAGAGUACAGUUAUCAAUGCGAUGCUACGCGACAAAAUUUUGCCAAGCGGCAUAGGACAUACGACGAAUUGUUUCUUGCAAGUCGAAGGUUCGGAAAAUGGUGAAUCUUACUUGAUCACCGAAGGCUCGGCAGAGAAGCAACCGGUCCAGUCAGUCGGCCAGUUGGGCCAUGCUCUCUGUAAAGAAAAAUUGUGCGAAAGUCAUUUAGUGAGAAUAUUUUGGCCAAAAGAGAAAUGUUUGCUGUUACGAGACGACGUAGUCUUUGUAGACAGCCCUGGGGUGGAUGUGACACCUAAUCUGGAUGAGUGGAUAGAUAAGCAUUGUUUGGAUGCAGACGUCUUUGUUUUGGUAGCCAAUGCUGAAUCUACUCUAAUGGUGACCGAGAAGAACUUCUUCCACAAAGUGUCUACAAAAUUAUCCAAGCCAAAUAUCUUUAUUCUAAAUAAUAGGUGGGAUGCAUCUGCUUCGGAACCAGAAUUCUUUGAACAGCAGGUCAAGGAGCAGAAAGAAGUAAGGGCACAGCAUCAAGAACGGGCUGUCGAUUUCUUGGCAAGGGAGUUAAAAGUUUACACGGCUAAAGAUGCCGAGGAACGGGUAUUCUUUAUAUCUGCCAAGGAAACUCUUCAAGCUCGUAUGCAAGAACAACGUGGUCAACCCGCUCACAACGGCGCUUUAGCAGAAGGAUUUCAGAAUCGUUAUUUCGAAUUCCAAGAUUUCGAACGAAAAUUCGAAGAGUGUAUCUCGAAGUCUGCUGUGAAGACGAAGUUCGAGCAGCAUUCUGACCGCGGGAAACAUAUCGCCAUGGAAAUUAGGCAAACGCUGGACGAAAUACUGGAUCGAACGCAAAAAAUGAAAAGCGAACAAUUACUUAUUAAGAAAGAUGUACAUGACAAAUUGAAUUACACAGAACAACAAUUAUUGUCGCUGACUCAGGAGAUGAAAGACAAGAUUCAUCACAUGGUUGAAGACGUAGAGCAAAGAGUGUCCAAAGCUCUGAGCGAAGAAAUUCGUAGAUUAGCUGUACUUGUCGACGAAUUUAGUGUACCGUUCCAUACUGAGCCAUUAGUACUAAAUGUAUAUAAACGAGAACUUCAUUCACACGUAGAAAAUGGUUUAGGUUCAAAUUUAAGAGCGAGACUCAGUACUGCGUUGGCACUGAAUAUAGAACACUCACAGCGAGAGAUGACAGAACGAAUGGCAAGCUUAUUGCCGGAGAACAAAAGACAAAUGUCUUUGAACAUUUUGCCGAGGCGGGAGCCAUUCGAAAUUUUGUACAAGUUAAAUUGCGACAAUUUGUGCGCAGACUUCCACGAGAAUUUAGAGUUCCGAUUCUCCUGGGGAAUCACAGCCAUAAUUAAUAGAUUCGCGGGUAGACAGGGGAAGAAAUUAGCUAUCGCUAAUUAUCCGCAAGAGAUACCACCGACAGUUAUGUCUCCUACGGGCAGUGUAGAUUCUGUCAAAUUCAUGUCGAGUGCUCCGAGCUAUCAGCCGAGAUCAGACGAUUGGUCAUUGGCUACUAAAAUCGCAGUGGCGUCUAUAACGUCUCAGGGUACAAUGGGUGGACUUAUAGUUGCUGGCUUCAUGUUGAAGACGAUCGGUUGGAGACUUAUAGCUGUCACCGGUACUAUAUACGGUGCAUUAUAUCUUUACGAACGACUAACGUGGACUAAUCGAGCAAAGGAACGAGAAUUCAAACGACAAUACGUGAAUCACGCGACAAAUAAGUUGAAACUGAUAGUGGAUCUGACGUCCGCGAAUUGCAGCCACCAAGUGCAACAAGAGUUGUCUAGUACUUUCGCACGUCUGUGCCAUUUAGUGGACGAGACGACCACCGAAAUGGAUAGCGAACUAAAGAACAUUGCUAGUACAAUACGGAUACUCGAAGAGGCGACCAGUAGCGCGAAAGUUUUACGGAACAAGGCUAAUUAUUUAACGAACGAACUAGAUUUAUUUGACGCAGCAUACUUGAAGUCAUUGAACUAAACAUUGAACGACCGUUUGUUUUUAGGAAAUAAUACAAUUUACUAAAGGACGAUGUUCGAUAACAUCGCUGUUUCGGGAAAUACGUUCACGCGUAACAAUAUAAACAUAUGCUUGUACGUGUUUCCCGAAAUAAUCAAUCGUGCGUAUAGAAGGAAUGUUUUUACAGAAACUUCUAGUCUUAAAUGCAGGCAACCUCGACUUUUCUCAAUUUGUGAUCCCUCAUUUUAAAGGAACUUUUUUUAUCGGAUUCGAGCCAGCAGAAUAAUUUCUUUUAUAAAGAGCUCAAGCACAAAAAUAAUCCUACGUAGAUUACCGAUCAAUUUUCGAUGUAUUUUUGUUUUCAACAAUCUAUUUUGAAAACGGAUCAAUCGCUAGGGAAAGAACACAUUACAUUUUUUUGCAAAAGCAACUUUAAUUUUAAACAGAGAUCAACCAACAAUCGAUUUAUAUUCAAAUGUAUUAAGAGGAUGUGCGAAUCUAUUAUGUAGUGAAUGAAAUAAUGCAACUGCUAGAUUUAUUAGAUUAUAUUUACAAAGAGCUUAUGUUGUAUUAAUAAAAAGUUAUUUGUUGAGUAAAAACUACCCCACAGUUCCACGUA